AUGACGAAAGAAAAGAAAAAGGAUAAUGUCAGAUAUAUGGAAGUCGAAUUCAAUAUAUCGAUGCAUUGCAACGAAUGCGAGAGAAAAAUCGCUCGAGUUAUUUCCAAAUACAAAGGUGUGGAAACAUUUGUGACGGAUAUGAAUAGUCACAAGGUUGUGGUAAAGGGUAAGAUUGAUCCGAAGAAGUUGAUGAAGAAACUAAAGAAGAAGACAGGCAAAAGAGUGAAGAUUGUAGUGAACGAAGAGAAAGAUGAAGAAUCUAGUAAGGACGAGGAUGUUCUCGAGAUAGAUAUGGAACUGAUCGGUUUUGGGGAUGAGUCGGUUUUCGGGUAUAAUGAUAAGGAGUUAGAGAAAUUUAUGUGGUUUAGCGACGAGAAUCCAAAAGCCAUAUGUUGUAUCUCUUAA